AUGGGUGCCUUUCUGGAGAAGCCGAUGACUUGCAAACACAAUGAGCACGGUGAAGGUAACGGGCUUCGUUUUGGUGUCGGCUCGAUGCAAGGCUGGCGUUGCGAAAUGGAAGAUGCCUACCACGCCAAGACGGGUCUCGGCGAGAAGCUAGAGGACUGGAACUACUUCGCCGUGUUCGAUGGCCACGCGGGUGAUAACGUGGCGAAGCAUUGUGCCGGCAAUCUGCUGCAGCGCAUCAUUUCGACGACCGAGUUCGGCAACAAUGAUAUUACGAAAGGCAUACACACCGGCUUCCUGCAGCUGGACGAGUCGAUGCGCGACAUUCCUGAGCUCGCGUCCGGUCUGGACAAGUCCGGCACAACGGCCGUGUGUGCAUUCAUCUCGAGCCAGCACCUGUACAUAGCGAACUGUGGCGACUCCCGUGCGGUGCUCUGCCAGAACGGUCAGGCCAUCUUUACCACCCAGGAUCACAAGCCCAUCCUGCCAGGCGAGAAGGAGCGCAUCCAGAACGCAGGCGGUUCAGUAAUGGUGCAGCGAGUAAACGGUAGCCUCGCGGUAAGCCGUGCGCUUGGUGAUUACGACUACAAGAACAUGAAAAAUCUUGGCCAGUGUGAGCAGCUCGUGUCACCGGAACCGGAGAUAUUCUGUCGCGACCGGGACCCAGCCGACGAGUUCCUUGUGCUCGCAUGUGACGGCGUGUGGGAUGUGAUGAGCAACGCUGAGCUGUGCCAGUUCGUGCACAACAGGCUCGAGAUCACGGACAAUCUGGUAGAGGUUGCGAAUCAGGUCAUCGAUACUUGCCUGCACAAGGGCAGCCGAGAUAACAUGAGCAUCAUCAUCAUCGCGUUCCCAGGCGCUCCUGUCGUAUCUGAGGAGGCACAGAAGCGCGAGGAAGCACUGGAGACGGCCCUACGCACUCGUAUCGAGGUGAUUCUGAGCAAGAUGAGCGACGUCGAAUACGGUACCCUGCUCAAGGAACUCGCUAAAGAGGACAUUCCCGAUCUGCCACCGGGUGGUGGGCUGUACGCGAAGAGUUUGUUCGUAUCGAAGGUGUUCAAGGAGCUGCAUCCAAAGCUGGCCGAAACAUGCGAGAUGGGAAACUACUAGAAUCGAAUGAGGCGGGAGAUCCGAAAGUGGAGAAAGAGAGCGUGUUUCUCCUGCAUCCGGUGGUAAAACUGCGUUCGAGUCCAAAGGUGGCAAAGGGAGGAUUCCUGAAAAAAGGCACACGCGCGCAGUUGCGGAUCGUUCCGUUCAUGCUGGCGGGGACGAUCGUUGGUCUGCAAGAGACCGCUUGUUCGAUCUCUGCAAAUCCUUUAC